GGAUAGCCCAUGUGUUAGACUCAUGUAAACUGGUGCUUGGAAACGUGUUAUAAAGUGGUUGAUACGUAAGUUGGUAAUUAUUUGCUGAAUUGGCAGUUUGUAUACAAUCAACUUUUGUUGAAAGGAGGGGCUGCAGAGAUGAAUGAGCAUGGUUGGAAUGACCCUCCAGUGUUCACGUACUCCAGUCUCCAGACAGGAGCAACGAAGAAAACACAGUUGACGAAACGAGUUAAGCAUGAUCUAUCCACUCACCCAACCCCCCAGGACACACACAAACAUCCCGAAGCUAUCACAGAUCUCCCCUCAGGACCACCAAUCAAAUCUGUCCCAAUCGAAGAUCCCAAACAGACCCAAGACAAUUCUAAACUUAUCACUGAAACAGACACUACCCUCAAGACACAAGAAGAUACAUCUGUUGAUGAAGUGUUCACCUUGGAAUCAGUGCAGCAGUGUCUGGAGAGGAUAAUGGCAGAACAUAAAGACUCAAUGCCUAGUCGUACCACUACUGAAGUGAGAAGCAGACUGACUAUGUUUGCUGAUCAGUGGAAGAGUGGAAAACUAUCUGAGGAGGUUCAAGUACAAAUGGCCAAACUUGCAACAGCUCUUGAGGAUGGUAACCAUUCCCUCGCUGAUAAAAUUCAUGUGGCACUGAUGGUGGAUCAUGUGUCCGAGGUCAGCAGGUGGAUGGUCGGGAUUAAGCGACUCAUUGCCAUACUGAAACAACAAUCAACUAGUUAAUUGAAUCAGAUCAUGCUAAUAAUAUAUUUUUUGUAUUUUUUUUUUCAAUAUAAACAAUCUGUGAAUGGCAAUAAUUUGGUUACAAAAUG